CCUUACCACACCCCAUUCUUUGCCCUCGAAUCCCAUGCCGCGACCGUUCCGCUGGCGUAGUUCGCGCUGGCGCCUCGGCCUCUUCCUUCUCCUCUUCCUCCUCAUAGAAGACUUGCACCACCAGUACUCUUAUCACGUGCACCGUCCCUCCGUCCCUCUCGAUCCUCCCUUCCAGGUAGGAUGUCGAGAGCCACCCUCCAACCCGCAGCGAGAAAACGCCACAAUAAUCAUGCUUACACGCAAUGAGGACCUUGCGGGUGCAGUGGCGUCGAUGUUGUCAUUUGAGAAACACUUCAAUCACUGGUAUCACUAUCCAGUUAUCUUCCUAAAUGAGAAGCCGUGGAGUGAGGAAUUCGUGAAGAAGAUGACGGAAGUGGUUAGCGGAGAGGUAAAGUUCGAAACAGUGCCUAAGCAAAUGUGGGAUGUCCCGGAGUGGAUGAACAGGGAGGAAGUGAUGAGGAGCCUUGCAGCGCAAAAGGAGAAGGGUAUCUACAAGGCGGAGAUGGAGAGUUACCAUCACAUGUGUCGAUUUUAUUCGGGCUAUUUCUACGACGUCGAGGCCUUGAAGCCAUACAGAUGGUACUGGCGCAUCGAGCCUGACGUUGAGUUCUCCUGUGCAAUAACGUACGAUCCAUUUACGGAGAUGGCAAAGCAUGGGAAAAAAUAUGGCUACACUAUCGCCCUAUGGGAAGUGGAUAACACAGUUCCUAGCCUCUUUCGGGCAGUGAGCGAUUACAAGCGAGAAAAGCACCUUGCGUUGACGGAUUUAUGGCGUUCCAUGGUUAGAGCUUCUUGGACGCCCAUUCCUUUCCGCUCUCUUCAGAGUCUAUGGCCAUGGCGGGACAGUUCAGGCGACAGCUGGAACCUAUGCCAUUUCUGGAGCAAUUUCGAGAUUGCAGAUAUGGAUUUCUUCCGAAGUAGAGAGUACCGAGACCUUUUCGAUUAUCUGGAUAGGGAAGGUGGCUUUUACCAUGAGCGGUGGGGAGACGCUUCAGUCCAUUCUUUGGCAGCCGCUUUGCUGCUCGAACCGCGACAGCUCCAUUAUUUCCAGGAUUUCGGCUACUUCCAUGAACCGUGGAGGGUGUGCCCUGCCAAUGCAAAAGGUAAGCAACUGCCAGGAUCCAGCGUCUUGGGUUCUGGCGACACAAUUUGGACGAAAGAGGAAGACGAUGGCGUAGGGUGUCGAUGCGAGUGUCAACCGGGCAGGAACUUUCAGAGCAUUUGCUUCAACCACGUCCAGAAAGGCACACAUACCAAGCCGUGGGCCAAUGUCAGACAGAAUACCGAAAAUGGAGCAUGGUUCCAAUGGCGCUAGCAACUGGCGUUUUCUUCUUCUUCUGGUGGUGGCGGAGGUCCCCCGGUCUUUCGCACUCCGUAUUAUAUAUACCUUUAGGUCUCAACCCUCACAGAAACAUAUGGUUGGAAAAUAAUUCUGUUUGUGGAAUGCACCGACCACUCACAUAGCGUACGGCAGAGCAGAGGAGUGGUCAAGUGGGAGUUAUGGAUCGCGGGUGCGGAU